AACAUUUUUCUUUUUCUGCAUUUUUUUUUAAUCAAAAUAAACUAAAAUAAAUAAAAUAGAUGUUGAUGAUUUAAAUAUAAAUAAAGAAACAAAAAAGUAUUUUUCUUUGACAUUCUAAUAAAACAAUCUUCUAAAUUAAAAAAAGAGAUCAAUCAUGAGUUUCGAUACAAAAGCCGGUUCCUCUUCCAAAAAUCAUCCAAAAAUGUCCCAAAAUAAAUCCGAUAUGGACGAACACAUUGCUCUUUGCAAAGCUACCGAUGCCAUCCUUCAAAAAGCCAUUACCUCGGAUGAACAUUUCUCCGAUUUACCACCAGAUUGUACACUUGAAGAGCUUCAAGCUGCGAUUGCCUUGGCCAGAGGACAAGUGACAACUAUUUAUGUGAAACGAGAUGGCCUUUCUACGCUUAAAGUUGUGCUACCCCAACAAAAUCCAACUAUAGCAAAUCUCAAGAGAGCCAUCGAACGCACGGCGAAUUUGCUCCAUCAACGAACUAAAAAAUCAACAUCAUCAGCAAACGAUCACGAAAGAGCAAAAGAUACGAAAAAAAGCUCCACCGACACACCUCCACGGCGAAUUAAUGACGGUGGUGGUUCUCUAAUAGCAGCACCACGACCAGGAAACCAACAUCGCAGCAAUCCGUCAUGGCGUUUUCUCUGGAGAGCCUAUUGCCUUACUGAGGCAAUUUACAAAGAACCCGAGCACUACCUCAAAGCAUCAGAGAAGCAGCAGCAAACACUGCCAGACACAGACGGUCGUCAGUUGUUAAGUGACUUCGGUAUCGGUCACAAGUCGGUGCUGCGAUUCGUUAAACGUGAAAACUACUUUGGUCGUCAGAGGCAACGUAGCUAG